AUUAGAAUAUAUUUUCGGAACAAUAUUGUUUCUCUUAUUAAUUUUUUAAUCAAAAGUUAAUUAUUUGGUCAACUAAUAAUACAGUAUUAAACCGAAUCAACUACCAAACUACAAGUUUGACAACAAUUUUAUCUGGAACAAAAGAACAGAGAGGAACACAACACAAGAACGGCGCGGGUGUAAGGGGAGGGCAAUAAUGUAAAUUAGAAUGCAUUCCCAUAACAAGACAAAACAAUCCCAAGUGUUCCCUCGCUCGCAUAAUAAAAGCUCUCUCUCGCCUUCCCUUUGUACAGCUGUAAUGGCAAAUACCGUAAAUUAAUUGUAACAGCAAGGGCGACUAUUGUCAGCAUUUAAUUUAAUUCCAACUUCUCAAUUUCCACCAAUUUUUUCUUCCUUCCUUCGUUUGAAAAUAAAUAAACUUCGGAAACCAAAAAAAAAAUUUGCAGAGAGAGAAAAAGAGAAGGAGAAGACGACGAAGACAGGAAGGAGGAGAGAGAGAGAGGGACGACCGUUUUGUCAACAGAGAGAAAGAGAGAGAGACGGAGAGAACAAUGGCGGAGGAGAAUAGGGAGAAGCAGAAUAAUGGAGAAGAGAGCGUAAAGGUUUUCGUGGGACAAAUUCCGAGACAUAUGUCGGAAUCUCAGCUCCUUACAUUGUUUCAAGAGUUCGCAGACGUCGACGAGGUCAACAUCAUCAAGGACAAGAUCACACGCGCCUCUCGAGGAUGUUGUUUUGUGCAAUGUCCAUCGAGAGAGGAAGCAGAUAAGCUGGUCAAUACUUGCCAUAACAAGAAGACGUUACCUGGUGCAGCUAGUCUAUUGCAAGUAAAGUACGCAGAUGGCGAAUUGGAAAGGCUAGAGCACAAGCUUUUUGUCGGUAUGCUUCCAAAGAAUGUCUCUGAAGCUGAACUUCUAUCGUUAUUCUCCAAAUACGGGACCAUAAAGGAUUUACAGAUUCUUAGAGGUGCUCAACAAACAAGCAAAGGCUGUGCUUUUCUCAAGUAUGAGACGAAAGAACAAGCUGUUUCUGCCAUGGAAGCCAUCAAUGGCAAGCACAAAAUGGAGGGUUCAACUGUUCCUUUAGUUGUGAAAUGGGCAGACACAGAAAAGGAGAGACACACAAGAAGACUUCAAAAGGCUCAGUCUGACAUGGCUAGAUUAGCUAACCCUGAUCCAACAAACCCUUCAUUGUUUGGAGCAUUACCUAUGAGCUAUACUCCACCUUAUAGCGGUUAUGGUUAUCAUGCUCCUGGAACUUAUGGUUACAUGCUACCACCAAUUCAGAACCAAGUUAAUAACAACGCGUUGCAAAGAAGAGUCUCACCUGACUCUAUACCACCUCGCUUGGCCCGUAGAAACUUUGCUUUGCCUCCAAUAACUUACACAGGCUCCGGCUAUCCCCCUGUACGUGGUCUUCCUUAUCCGUUAGCUUAUCCUAGAGGGAUUAUGAGCCCUCGCCCUCUAAGUAGCUCUCUUGGAUCCGUAUCACCUGCCAUUGCUCACAGCAGCGUGUCAGCAACACCUUUGAGUUCCAUUGUUCAAACCGAAGGUCCGGAAGGUGCGAAUCUGUUUAUCUAUAACAUACCUCGUGAGUUUGGGGAUCAAGAACUCUCCGCUGCAUUUCAACCUUUUGGUCUUGUUCUGAGCGCCAAGGUUUUUGUAGACAAAGCCACUGGUGCAAGCAAAUGUUUCGGUUUUGUUAGUUAUGACUCACAAGCAGCAGCUCAAAAAGCUAUUAACAUCAUGAAUGGUUGCCAUUUAGGUGGUAAGAAACUGAAAGUCCAGCUUAAGAGAGACAACAACAACAAUGGCCAACAUAAUAGUCAAAACUAAAACUCUAAGCCAUCCUCUCUGCAAAUAACAAUUUGUAAUUUAUGUGCAUUAUUGAAAUUUAUGUAAAACAUUUUAUGAUUUAUUAACAUUAAUUUCAUUGAAUUGUUCUAUUUACUUUCUAUUGAUAAUCUGAUGUUGGUCUUUAGAAGAAAGAUUCAAUGAUGAUUCAAAUGAAAUUAGAAAGAGAGAUCAUCAGAUUAUCUUUGCUAAAACAAACCAAACAGCACAACACACAAACAUGGGAGUAAGGACUACAACAACAGUCAACAGACAGGUUCAGCCCUUGUUGAACCCUUAUCAGACUCAGCACCCAACAAACUCUAAAGACCCUAACAAAGUUGGACAAUAAUCUCUGUAUUCGAUUUACAGACACAACCAAGUUCUCUUCCUUCUUGUGUUUGUUCUCUGCAGCAGA